AUGAGAGGGCUUUUAUUUUUAAGUUUAUUUACCACAUUCGCAGCAUUCGUGCUUUUACUUUUCGUAGUGUUGGUCGGAAUAAACGAAAAGGCGCCAUUGAACGAGUUGUAUUGGUCACAAGUCAAAUCCACUAGUGCUUCCACCCUGGGAGUAAGAUGGACCAAUUAUGGUACUUGUUCCAUUACUGACAACAAGAACUCAGGAUGUACAGACAACAAGUUUGCCUUUGCCUAUGACACUUCUUAUAUCAAUGUAUCUGAUAGCUCAUUAGAUGACAAGAAAAAGACCAUCAAGGGUAUUUCAAAGGCAGGGUUCAUUUUGUUACUUGUUGGACUUAUUUUGUCUGCCGUAUCCUUGCCAUGUGUAUUCGUAACAUUUAUUUUACCUAUCAGUUUCUUGUUGAGUGUAUCCCACUUUUUCGUGAUUGUCAGUUUCCUUCUUUCUAUUGUUGGGGCUGCACUCGAAACCUAUGUUCAUGUCUACACCGUCAAAAGAUACAAUGCCGAUGGUCUCAGUGCCGAAAUUGGUAAGAAUGUAUUUGGAAUAGUCUGGGGUUCCGUUGCAGCGCUUUUGAUUUCCGUUAUCCUCAUCGCACACACUGAAACUCAAAAGAGAAGAAAGCACGCAGUUGUUCAUGAAUCUGCUCUGGAAAAGUACUAUUCUGACUCUGACUAG